AGCAGCGAGGACCAUCUUUGCCGACACGUCCUUGUUGUUUGUGCGUCUGAAGCAGUGAUUGGGGAAAAAUAACAUGUAGCUUCGUCCGUCCUCUUACCCAGGAACGAGGAGAGGCGCGCGGCGUUGGACAUUAAACAUUUACCCCCCUUUCCCCUCCGCUCUCUCGGGUGAUUAGCUUAGCACGUUGCUAUCAGCGCGGUUUAAGCUAGCCGGCUCUUCGCUGCUGCUGUGUCCGCCUGGAGUGUCACCGCAGUCGGGCUCAGAUGAGGCAGUCUGGCGGGUAGCGCGAGGCUGCUGUCGGUGUGUGUGUCACCGCCUCUGGACUACUGAAUCCCCCUUUAAAUAAAGACACGAGUCUGGAUAUGGAAUGGUGCAUGCCGCUGGGCCAAGUUUGAAUACACCCGGAAUCAUAAUGGAUAGUCAUCCACCUUGCACUCGACUUUGUCCAAACGCUCUGGACAAAGAAGACGGCGUGGAGAGACAAGGUCCAGUCACGCUCAACCCUCGUCAUAUGAGGAUGGCUUUCAAAGUCAUGAACGAGCUGCGCAGCCAGAGCUUGCUGUGUGACGUGACAAUAGUGGCGGAGGACGUGGAGAUCGCCGCUCACAGAGUGGUCCUCGCCGCCGGGAGCCCGUAUUUCCACGCCAUGUUCACAGGAGAAAUGGCGGAGAGCCGAGCCAAGCGCGUGCGAAUAAAGGAAAUGGAUGGAUGGACUCUGGGACUCCUUGUGGACUACGUCUACACUGCAGAGAUACAGGUCACAGAGGAAAACGUGCAGGCUCUGCUGCCCGCCGCGGGUCUCCUCCAGCUGAACGAGGUGAAAAAGGCGUGCUGCGAGUUCCUGAGCUCUCAGCUCCAUCCGUCCAACUGUCUCGGCAUACGAGCCUUCGCUGACCUGCACGCCUGCUCUCAACUCCUCACGCAGGCCAACAGCUAUGCAGAGCAACAUUUCAGCGAGGUCGUCGGAAGUGAGGAGUUCCUUAAUUUGGGCAUGGAGCAGGUUUCCAGCCUCAUCGCCAGCGACAAACUCACCAUUCCAACGGAGGAGAAGGUCUUUGAAUCCGUCAUUGCUUGGGUCAACCAUGACAAAGAUGUCCGCCAGGAACACUUAGCUCACCUGAUGGAACAUGUGCGCCUGCCCCUCCUCUCCAGAGAGUACCUGGUGCAGCGGGUGGAGGAGGAGUGUCUAAUUAAAAACAGCAGCGCAUGCAAGGACUACCUGAUCGAGGCCAUGAAGUACCACCUGCUGCCUGCUGACCAGCGGGCGCUGAUGAAAACAGCACGCACACGUAUGAGGACCCCCGCCUGCUGUCCAAAGGUGAUGGUGGUGGUUGGCGGUCAAGCCCCCAAGGCCAUCCGAAGUGUGGAGUGUUACGACUUUGAGGAGCAACGGUGGUACCAGGUGGCCCAGCUCCCCACCAGGAGGUGCAGAGCAGGUGUGGUGUACGUGAGUGGAUGCGUGUACGCCGUCGGAGGCUUCAACGGUUCCCUGCGUGUGCGUACGGUCGACUGCUACGACCCCAUGAUGGAUCGCUGGACCAGUGUGAGCAGCAUGCAGGACCGCCGAUCGACGCUAGGGGCCGUUGUGCUCAACGGGCUGCUGUAUGCUGUGGGGGGGUUCGACGGAAGCACAGGGCUGGCCACUGUCGAGGCGUACAACGCCAAGACGGACGAGUGGUUCCACGUGUUGCCCAUGAGUACGCGGCGCAGCAGUGUGGGAGUGGGUGUUGUCAACGGGAUCCUGUACGCCGUUGGAGGUUACGAUGGAGCGACCAGGCAAUGCUUGAGUACAGUCGAGGCCUACAACCCUAAAAGCAACACGUGGAGCUACAUCGCUGAAAUGGGCACUAGACGCAGCGGCGCAGGGGUGGGCGUGUUGAAAGGCUUACUCUACGCCAUGGGCGGCCAUGACGGACCCUUGGUGAGGAAGAGCUGCGAAGUGUAUGACCCGGCCUCCGACAGCUGGCGGCAGGUGGCCGACAUGAACAUGUGUCGCCGCAACGCAGGUGUGUGCGUCGUCAACAACCUGCUGUACGUGGUGGGCGGCGACGAUGGCAGCUGCAAUCUGGCCUCGGUGGAGUUCUACAACCCCAACUCGGACAAGUGGACGCUGUUGCCCAGCUGCAUGAGCACGGGCCGCAGUUAUGCAGGUGUGACCGUGAUUGACAAGCCCUUAUGACUGCUGGGGACGUCUACCACCGAUUAGAAGCAGAACGCAUUCUGCUGAAUUCUGAUCUGGGAUCUGUCGUUGUCGAACGCCUCCACGUCGGGUGCGCAGGUCUGAUGUACAACACAACGGAGGUGUUGCUAAUGAUGAUGAUGACGACGACGGUGAAGAUUUUUUUGCACUUAAUGGGAGGGUUGGGGAGGUCGAACCUGUGGUGUUUUUAAUCCCGCCAAGGGCGGACCGCCAUCGCGACACCCCUGGGCCUCGCCCCACAGAGGUCCGGCGAAUCACUACUGACGAAGCUACUAAACCUGCAGUAACUCUUAACAUUAGUAAUGUUGACACACAGUGGCGGCGGGGCUGCAAGCUGAGAAGCGGGACGAUUUUGUUGCAUCACUACGGGAACGUUCGUGUAUUUGUGCGCUUGCCUUUCAAAGUUCUCUGCUUGCCGACGUGAGCCUGUUGAGAGUGUGUGCGUGUAUUUGUGUGCAUUUUGGAGUCUCGCUGCAUGGAUGCACUACAUGUGGCCUCUGACCUUUUUUCUGAGAGAGCGCGCCUGAAUGUGGACCGAUUUCCCCCCCUCCGCUGCUUCCUCUUUCCUUUUCGUGAUGCCUUUAGCUAACGGACAAGAGCGCAGCUGAGCUGGGCUGUAGGUCAGUGAUGAUAAAAAAAAAAAUUUGCAGAACGGACAUAGAAGAAGUAGUUUACAUGUUGUUGCUAUUGAGGACGACAUUUUAUUUGACGGAGGACGGAGAAGCCUUAAUGACGACGUCGCCAAACGCAUGCCAGCCUAAAGAGGGGAGGAGGAUGUAUUAGUGCUUUACUGUCGCCCGGCAGCCAUGUUUGCUAUGAACGUUAACAGCCUGAACUCACUGCAUGCUCCCCGAGCUCAUCUCCCAUAAACUGACAUAUUAUGAAUGUGCCAAUUUCUUUGUUUCCCCGAAAGUGACCAAACUUUACAUUCUUUGUUUUCCUCUUUCCUCUGGAAAAUAUUUGCUCUACUAGUGACUGGUAUUGCUGUGUUCUUCUUGUCAGUGUGUCGAGGAAUGUCAUCAUCGUGUACGCUAAUGACUUUGGAUAUGUUUCAUUACAUGUUUUAUAUAUCAUUAAUAAAUAAUAAUAUGCU